GAGAGCGAUACCAUGUCUGGCAGAGGCAAGGGCGGGAAGGGGCUCGGCAAGGGGGGCGCCAAGCGCCACCGCAAGGUGCUGCGCGACAACAUCCAGGGCAUCACCAAGCCGGCCAUCCGCCGCCUGGCUCGGCGCGGCGGCGUGAAGCGCAUCUCGGGGCUCAUCUACGAGGAGACGCGCGGCGUGCUGAAGGUCUUCCUGGAGAACGUGAUCCGCGACGCCGUCACCUACACCGAGCACGCCAAGAGGAAGACGGUCACGGCCAUGGACGUGGUCUACGCCCUCAAGCGCCAGGGACGCACCCUCUACGGCUUCGGCGGCUAAACUCGAGUCACAAACCGUACACUGUCAAAACACAAAGGCUCUUUUCAGAGCCACCCACAAGUUUCACGACGAGAGCUGU